UGACGUCGCUUACGUCACGCUGGAAAGCCGCCAGGGAGUUACAUAUCGCUCCCAACAUACACGUUACAUAUCCUCUUAAAAGCUCGCCACCUCACUCCCUCUUCUCCGGCCACUCCCCACAGAAGUCAUGGCUCUCCCGGGAAGACUUGGUGCUCAGCGGCUGUGGGGAAUCCUCUGCAGGAGUGAAACAAGAGCUGCGCUGGUUGGCCGUCAUUACAGCAGCGGGGAUGGGGAGCUUCACGAGCCAACUCACAUCCAGGAGCCAACAAUUCCACCUUAUGAGGAGAAGGUCGGAGAGCCCAUUCACCUGAAGAAGGCCAGGCUCCAGUACCAGUCAAGGAAACGAGGGAUGCUUGAGAAUGGAUUACUGUUGAGUUCCUUUGCCCAUCGUUACUUACAGACGAUGAAUGAGGAACAGUUGUCCAUGUAUGAUCGUCUGAUCAACCUGCCUUCAAAUGACUGGGAAAUAUAUUACUGGGCAACUGGUGUACGGGAAACCCCACAAGAAUUUGACAAUGAAAUAAUGAGUUUGUUGAAGGAAUUUGUCAAAAAUACAGAUAGAGAGAAUAGGACAUUACAGCCGAAAUCUCCACUGAGAAGUUGCUGCUCUUUCUCAUUUGUAAUAUAUCAACUGGACUUGCAUUAAGUGUACUCAGAUAUUAUUUAUUUUCUCUUAUUUUCAUGUGUCUUAUUUUUUUUAUAUUAUAAAAAUGUUAAUCUUUGGUUGUUGUUAUUAGUUAUUCACAUGAGAUGUACAAUGUGAUAGAGUGAAUGAUGGAUUGGUAUAAAUUUUGUGUAUUACUGUAAAUAGGUACCUAUGGUAUUGAGAUAUUUCAAGGAUUGUAAUUAAAAAAAAUAAUAAAUAUUAAAACACG